AUGGCGCGCGGGCGAUUUUGUGGCUGGCUGCUGGUGGGGCUGCUCUCGCUGCAGGUGCUCAACUUUGUUACGCCGCCGAGCGUGAGGAGAGAAGUCCAGGUGGGCCGAGCGGCGGAGGGCAAUGCCUUCGGAGGGCUGAACCAGGAGCAGCGAAAGCAGAUGGCCGACAUUUUGGCACCUCCCGACCAGCUCAUGGAGGAGACGGAAGAUGGCAUGAUCUUGCGGGAGAAGUACUCCGGGGGGCGUUCUCCCACCUCGGUGUUCUGGGCCAUCGUUCAGCCGGCGAUCUCAUUGGGCUUUUUGGUGGUCGGGAUGUCUGCCUACUUCGGGGAGCCCAUCGUGGACUGGACCCCAGUGACCUCCCAGUUCCUGGGCUUCCUGCGGCCCUCGGAGGGCAUCAACUUCCUGCCCCAGGGCGCCUUCAUGAGCUUCUACGGCUUUUUCGGCUUCUUCCUCUUCGGGCCCAUCCAGUGGUACAUCAACGUCUUCAACAUCGGCCGGGGCGUGUGCGAGUUCAACAAGUUUGACGAAAUGAUGUACAUCGUGCGCAACGACGAGAUGAUCCGAGAGGUCCCCUUCAAGGACUUUCAGGCCGUGAAGUUCGAGUGGACCAACCUGGCGAUCCUCGGGGCCCGGGAUGUGUACCUCAUUACCCAGGACGGGAAGGAGAUCCAUUUCAUGGACGACCCCGAGAUUUACAGCAAGUUCGUCCUGGAGAAGCGCGCCGCGAAGCUCUCGGAGUUCCUGGACAUCGAGCUCAUCGUGGACGACGCCUGA